AUGAUAGGUUUAAAUGAUAUUACCAACAACAACAAUCAAUCAGAAGAACCAAAGCAACAAUCAAGUGAACAAGAUGUAUUAAACUUGGUGCACAAGCUAUGCGAUAAUGACGAUACUGUUGUAGAUAACAAAAAUGACUUUCAUCCAUUGUUCAAAUAUCUUGCAGUCAGAGAUGAGCAUGAGAAUGAUAGCAAGAAGAUAAAUCAAGACUGUAUAUUAGAUGGUUUAACAAAUGAAGCAAAGCUUGAAAUAAGAUCAUUACUACUUGAUACUUUCGAAGGUUGUAAAGAUCCCUAUUCAAAUUUAAAAAAUGUGGUAGAGUUGUUACUAACUAAUCGUUACAAACGAGACAGUAAAGAUGAAGAGAUAUUUCGAUUUGGUAUCAUUAAAUGGUAUCAAACUAUUUUAAAGCACCAUGACAAUGAGAAUUUUGGUAAAAGAUACAAUCAGUUAAUAUCAACAUCAACCAUUGAAUCUGUAUUGGUUGCAUUGUCAAAGACUAAAAAUCAAUCCUACUCACGAUUGGUAUAUGAAACUUUGGGCAGUAUUUGGAGACUACAUUAUAAAACCAACAUUCAAACAGAAAGAGAUAUCACAAUGUUCUUGUCAAUCUUUAAACAUUAUGAAUAUAUAGGAUAUCAUGAGCCAUAUUCAUCACUCAAACAAGAUAUUACAAAUAGUAUUUAUAAUUAUCUUGACCCUAAAUCAGAUUUAUGGAAAAACAAAGAGUUUCAAGUAUUUUUCAAACAAAGCAUUGUUAAUCUAUUUCAAAAUGCAUAUUAUGAUGAUUAUUUUAUUCCACAACAAUAUGAAAUAGAUUAUGAUCAAUACUUGGUUGAUUGGAAUACCAGUCAAUACGAUCAAUCAAUUAAAAAACCAAAACCAAGAUUCAUGUUUCUUGCAUACAUUAAUUUGAAUGACCAUCAAAUAAUAUAUACCAUCAUUUUGGAUUUCCUCAAAGUAUCUUUGAGUGCAUUCCCAACUUGGAAAGAGAAAUUAAUUGUACUUGGAGUAUUAAAUUAUAUUGGUUCUUUUUAUAAAUAUUUUGGUAUAAAUGAUCCAUUGUUAUCUAUAUUAUCAGAUGAUUCCAUUCUACUCCAACAGUUAAUAACAUUUUUCUAUCCAGAAAAAAAUACAUUCAACAUUCCACAAGAACAAGAUCAUGUAAUUGUUCAUUAUGAAUUGCUUAGACUCCUUAAAAGAUUCAAUUUGCACUCUUGCAACCAUUCAUUUAAAUCUAUUAUAAAUGAGGGUUGGGAGAGUAUCAUCAACUUUAAACAAGACCCAAUACAUCCUAGUUCAUUGUAUCAUCUUUGUAAUUUCAUCAAAGAUACUGGAAACAAAGUAUUGAAUCAAGAUUUGAUUGAUCUGGUAUUUGAAAAAUCAUUAAAAUCUAAUCAUAAAUACCUUGUUGAUCAUGCACAAACAUUGAUUCUUGAACAUUCACACCUCCUAUGUCAAGAAAGACAAAUGAUUAAAUAA